GCGCUGCCUUCCUUCGCUUGGCCAAGCUGUGGCAUCCGGACAAGCAGCGCGACCCGGACAAGACGGCGGAAAGCACCAGGCGUUUUCAGAAGCUUCAGGUAGCUUACGAGCGCCUUGUGGGCAAGGGUGAGAAAGACGUGGUCAUCAGUACGCCAGCGGGCUGGGCGGCCGCCUGCCGUCCGCGGCCGCCCCGGAAGAGGCGAUUUGUGCCCGAGCAGCUGCAGGAGCUAUCUUCAACCCAGCUGCGUGUGCUGCUGGCUUCCGAGGGUGUUUUCCUGCUACACGCUCGCACCAAAGCUGAGCUGCGAAUUGCUGUGGUGGGCCUGCUGCUGCCACGUGAACUGAGACGGCUGCUGAAGGCUUUGGGCUGCUCUGGAGAAGGCAGUGUAGAGGAGCUGCGGCAGCGCGCGGGUUCCACGCUGAACUCUUUGGAGGAUGCAGAUGACGAGUUGCCGGGGUGCGGCCCGGCACCGCCUCCAGGAGCCAAGCAAUGCCAGCAUGGCUGCGGGCGCCUGGCUCCCAGUGGCUGCAGCAACGUCCGCUGCCGGCUUUGCUGCCUUGGCGACCUCGCGGGCCUGGAAUGCAGCCUGCACGAAGACAACGAUGACUUCUUGCUGACUGAUUCCGACGAUGAAUCAACCACCGGCGGGGCUGAGGCGGACACAUCAGAGUCCGACGAUAGCCCGACCUCGAAGACUCAAGGCUGUGCUUCCAAGUGUGGUGCAGCUGCAGCUGUUGAUUGCGAGAACUACCGUUGUGCCGCGUGUUGCGCCUCGCUUGGUGCCGGGCGACGACGCUGUGACAUGCACGGAGUCGCAGCCUUCGUAAGCUGCAG